AUGGCACCUUCAUUGAUUCUCCUGCUCUACCACAAAGUCUCCGCCCAGAGAUUUUACCUCGAAAACAGACCCGGAAUGCCGAUCUCACCUGAUUCACCACUUAUCCCCCAAGAGCAAGAUCACGCUGGUCUCAGUCCGGCCCUCUCUCGAGAGAUCCUGACAGACCUUCAACAGUACCCGAAUCUGAAGGACUGCGUCUUCGUUCGUCACUGGCACGACAAGAAGAAUCGCCACUUCUGUGUUUUGGUCCAAAACAUCACUGCUGAGCCAGUUGUCGAGAUACCCGAAUCCUCGGUUUCAGAUAUCACUGUUCAACCCGCUUUCAAGACACCUGAACCCCGGAUUCCAGAUUCCUUGUUCGUCAAUGCCGUCAAAGAAGUCACUACGCCGCCCUGGGGAGGAUCCAAUCAGAAACUCCCCGUAGAUAUCACCUACUGUGCCGCAACGACCACAGAGAUGGACGAGAAUGUCUUUGUCGAUAACACCCUUGAUCACACAUCCGACGAAUCCUUGGACAGCCUCUUUGAAACGAACUCCCCAAACUACUCCGAAUUCCCCACUUUCGACAUGAAGCGGGCGAAGCCCUACGACCCAAGCUCAGAGGAGUCCAAUCGUGUCUAUGCAGACGAAGUGGAAAAUAAAUCUGCCGAAUGGCGGAAUAUUAUGCGUUACUUUGAGCCGCCUAGGUAA